ACUUGCCAAAAACUGGUCAGGAUUACAGAUUUGGACAACCUCCCUUCAAUAGAGAGGAUCGACAUGAAUAAUUGUACUUGUCUGCAGAAUCCAUUCAAUGAAGGCUUCUUUAGUGCCCAUGCUCUAUCAAUUUCAUCUAGAAAAUAUGCAGUGUUUGAGCUGCGGUUACACAUUUAUCUCCAAAGCAAUGAGAUUCCAGAUUGGUGCAGCAAUCAAGUAACAGCUCCAUCUAUCUGUUUCACUAUUCCCUCCGUAUAUAAGAAAAAGUCGUUAGGAAUGAUUCUCUGGUUUGUUUGCGAUUCUCAGAUUUUAUCCCAGUUUGGACACUUCCUUGUUGCCGUAUCCAAUAAAAAGCCUGUAGUUUUUUACUGGACUAGGUAUAUUACUACACCCGAAUCACACGGAGAAGUAUCAUGUGUAUAUUACAUAUCUUGCUUAACUAGUCAUUAUUCUGGCCUGAUGAUCAAAGGCGGGGAAAAGAUAACAGUCGAGGAGGGGGAUGACAAAGGUAGGGUAAAGAAGAUAGGGGUACAACUGUUAUACUUAGACAAACAUGGUAAUGUUACUUCUUCACCACCAAUCCUUGAAGAAAAUCUUUUGCAUUCUCAGAUAAUGAACAGAGAGAGUCUCAGUGGAAAAGAACUCAAAAAGAGUGUUAAACAGAGGAUAUCAGCUCAAUCCUUGAAGAACAUCAUCACUCGCUUCAAAUCUUAGUUGAAUCAAAAUUAAACUAAGAUUGAAGAGCAAGUUAAUUUUGAUUCAACAUGCAAUAUUCAAAAUGCUCAUCCAACUACAAUCUGAAGUUAUGGGUUUCACAUAACUCAGUAAUGUUGGUUCAAGUCAGUUGCUUCUGUAUAAAAUUUUGUUUUAUUUAUGUUAUCAACUUUUUCCAUUGUAUACUGCUAG